AUGCGUCUCAUCAACGUAAAGACGUUCAAAUUAGAGGAAUUCCUCGACUAUCGGGUGCCUCCCUACGCUAUACUAUCACAUACUUGGGGAGACGAUUCUGAAGAGCUCAGCUUUCGCGACGUUGAAUAUGGAAGCGUCAACAAACCUGGCAUCGGAUCCGUCAAAUUUCGAGGAUGCUGUCGACAAGCUGCGGAGGACGGUCUUAGUUAUGCCUGGAUUGAUACCUGCUGCAUUGACAAGACAAAUCUGGUUGAGCUUAGCGAGGCUAUAAACUCCAUGUUUCGGUGGUACCAGCGUGCCUCCAUUUGCUAUGCUUUUCUUUCCGAUGUUCCCGGCGAUGAUAAUUUCAGGCAGAAGGGCUCCAAGUUCCAAAGCAGCCGGUGGUUCCAGAGAGGAUGGACUCUGCAGGAACUUCUUGCACCUAAAACGAUGCGGUUUUAUGGUACCAAUUUCGCACCAAGUAUACGGCCAAAUGACACCUUCAGCCCGUUCAGGGUUCAGGAGUGGCGUCUCUUGGGAAACAAAGGAAACAUGAGCACCCCCAUUGUGUCAGUCACAGGCAUACCUCGGCAUUAUCUACUGGGAAUUGCUGCGCUUCAUACGGCGAGCGUCGCACAGCGCAUGUCGUGGGCGGCGCACAGGGACACGAAUCGCAAGGAAGACCUCGCGUACUGCCUUCUAGGCAUCUUCAACAUAACGAUGCCGAUGAUUUAUGGAGAGGGUGGUGAGCAGGCAUUCUUCCGGCUACAGGAACAGAUAAUGAAGGUGACAAGAGAUGAUUCCAUACUGGCGUGGGGGUUGGGAACGAAUAAUUCGUAUGCCAACGAUACUGGCGAUGCCACAGCUGGGGGAAUUGUCGCCAAGUCCCCGGCAGACUUUGCAAGUUCCGGAAACAUCAUCAGCCGAGACCAAGCUCUAAAAUACACAAACUCGGUCGAUAUAUCUGGUGGUAGCAUUCGAGCUCACCUGCCACUGCACACUACUCCCACUGGCCAGAUAAUUGGGCUUCUCAGCUGUGGGCCCGAGAACAAUUCGCAACAAGUGGUUGGCAUACCUCUGAUGGAACUUUCUGGGGCGUCGUCUGACGAGUAUUCUCGGCUACGAGGAUACAAUUCUUCCUUGUAUCCGACCACAGUGGCUGCAACGGGGCCAAAGCCGAUCCGAAUCAAACACGACAGCCAAGAAAACCUACCCGGGGAUUUGGGCGGACUUUUUUCUCACUACGAAUAUGACGACUUCACAGAUAUCCAUCUGAAAAUUAUUGAUGUGGCUCCCAAGUCAUAUUGGGACGAAGAGCGAGCUCUAAUCAUGUCUACGCCUACAGCUAACGAUGGUGCCGUAGGUCAAGUAUUGAUUCGACUCCGCCAUGACACACAGGAGGCUAAAGACUUUGUCAUCGUUCUUGAGUAUAAGAAAGAGAGCGCUGAUACUCUGGUUGAAUGCAUGGUUCUUAUAUGCAGCAGGAAUCUCUUAUUAGAGGAACUGGUUCCAUAUCUUCCCUCUAUGAUGCAAAAGCUGGAUGGGAAAAGGCGGGCCAAGAAUGAGCUGCUCUCCUUGAGCAUUGCGCUGGAACGUGUUGAGCGGCAACCGAUCUUUCUAUUAAAGCCCGAACUAGUACUGGACGGAGUAUUUACCACUAUUGACGCAACCGUGGAACUGGAGGAGAAAAAGUUGAUACGUGAAAGUUUACAACUCCUGGAAGAAAACGAAGAAACCGAGAGUGAAGGCAGUAAGCUUGAAGGCCAGAUGAACUACUGCAACGCCAGCCUGAAUAAGAUCAAGAAAGAGCGGGAGGGAAUUUUAGCGCAUCUAAAGAAGCUUGAAGAGAGACAAAAAGUAUUGGUUGAGAAGGAAAAAGAGUAUACUGGAAAACGAACCGAAAUUAUCACCAAGCAAGAUGGAGUGAAAACAAAACUGAGCGACCUAUCUGCUCAAUGGGGAAAUGUUCAAAAACGAUGGUAUACGCUGGGGCAAGACCAGAAUCUGCGUGGUCCUCUGCCAGGAACAACGGUACUUGGGUGGGCUGCUGCAAAGGGACUUGUAGACGUGGUUAAGCAGCGCCUCGAGAAGGAUGCUGAUGUUAACGCUUGGAAGCACUAUGCCUACACACCUCUCAUCUCAGCUUCAAUCGGCAGGCAAUUCGAAGUAGCGAAGCUCCUCAUCGAACACGGCGCUAGAGUUGACGCUCACAACCAGAAGGGUGUGACGGCUUUAUUCGCAGCCGCUGUCUCUGGAUGUAUCGAGGUCGUUCAACUGCUGCUUGAUAAGGGAGCCGAUGUGGAAGGGAGUGGCAACCGAUUGAAAUCACCAUUGAUAGCGGCCGCAGCCAGUGGGUUUGCUGAUGUCGUUCGGUUACUCCUCGAUCGUGGUGCUCAAAUAGAGGCCAGAACCAAGGAAAACAUAACGGCGCUACUAUUUGCUUCAGGAAGGGGGCACACUGACGUUGUUCGACUUCUUCUUGACAGAGGUGCUGAUAUAGAGGUUAAAUGCGAGGAGAACAGAACACCGCUGAUGAUAGCUUCUGAGAAGGGGCAUAUAGACGUUGUUCGGGCGCUCCUAGACGGAGGCGCUGAUAUGGAGAAUAAAGGCAAAGGAGGCGUAACGGCGAUAGUGGCAGCCUUUGGCGAGGUGAAGACGGAUGUCGUCCAGCUUCUUUUGAGUAGAGGUGCGCAAGUGGACUUCCGCAAUGAUAAAGGCAGUACAUUGUUGAUGGCAGCCUCGGCCGGAGGACACGCGGAAAUAGUUCAACAGCUCCUGGAGAUUGGCAAAAUUGACCCUUCUGCCAAGGAUAAGGAGGGUAGGACAGCUCUAGAUUGGGCUACUGACAAAGGCCACGAGGCUAUUGUUCAGCUGCUUCGCGGUACAAAAGAAGAUGAGGAGGAGGAGGUCGAUGCUGAGGGCCCGGAUGAGAGAAUAAAGGAGAUUAUCAGGAUGGCAGCCGAGGUCAGCGGCAGGAAGGCUGAAUUUGCAUAUGCAUGGAAGUGA